AUUUAUUUCAGCAGUAAGAAUCAUGGGCAAUAUACUUGCAAGGCUAGUUCUUUCUAAAGUGGACUAUGUUUUUGAAGACAGUGAUGAUGCCAUCAAAAAGCAAAGAAGUCUUGCAGGGGACUUUAUGGCAGGAAAACACGAUGCUGAACUUUGCACUGGAGGUGAAGCUGACCUACGCAAACACUACAAGAGGUAUAAGAAGAAUCCUGGUUAUGUCAACUUUAUACCUGUUAAUGAUUUUAACUUCGAUCAUCUCCCCUCACGGUGCCGUGACGUCAUCAUGUUGGAGGCAAUCAAAGCUUACUCUGCACUAACGGUUAUGAUAAAGGUUAGGUUCACCAGUCUAGAGAGACCAAAGUCUGCUAAAUGCUUUGCGGGUAAUUAUCCGUUUUAUAAAAACAAAGGGAAAGAAUAUUUGAGGACAGGGACGGAUUAAUCUACGAUGUGGCCAAGUUCACAGAAAUUGAUUGCAUGGGUCCAUGUCCAUGUGGCACGUGUCGACAGGCAGGCAGACAGAGGAAAGUGUGGGGGGAGAUUCGUGUGUUGACAGCCACACACGUGGUGUUUGAUAACAGUGAGGUGAGACGGACAGUGUGUGUUGUAGGUUUUGAUGAUGAUGAAA